AUGGUAUUUCAAAAGACUGACACCGAAGGAGAACACGAGAAGAAAUUGGUUAAUGGCGGCGCCAGUCGAUUGCGAAACCUGAAAGCGGCGAAAAGUGGCGGAAGGAUGGAGUAUCCAUGGAUUAAAGUUAAACCCCUGCUGAUGCUGACGCUAUUCAUGGUCAUUUUCUUCUUCAGCCGCUGUCUGGGCGGCAAGACGACCACCAUCGUUAGUCACACUGACACCCUGGAUCCGCAGGCCGAAGGCUUUUGGGCGAACAAGACAACUUGGAACGCCCGGUGGGUGAAGUACUGGCGGGCCAAGAAGAUCUACGAGCCGGUGUGGAAGAAGGUCUGGACACCAACCAUCCACAACGAGUGGGUGCCCCUGCCCAACGCCCCCAACGAAUGGGAGGCGGAGAAGGGCCAUUCUUACGUUAAGAAUAACUUAGUGGGCUACUCGGACGCGGAGUGGUUUGACUUUUCGACCCCUAUCUACGAAAUUAAGGAGAGUUUCCAGAUAGUUUUCACAGCCACGUACCCUGGAGACAUUGGCAUUGACGAUGUGAGGUUGAUAAAAGGAGAGUGA